AUGGUUCGCGACAGCCUGCUCAAGAAAACGCUUCGCACCGCAGAUAUGCCAAGCAGCUGGCGCGCCCUGCCUCCCAGCGCGGAGCUGGUGCCAGCCAUGGACGUGCACAUGGAAACUCUCACUGCCGCGGAGCUCAAGGACCCGUAUAGCACGGCGCUGCUGCUCGAGUUCCUGCACUCCCCUUGCGCAGUGCGCAUAAUUGCCGAUCAUGUGAACACCAUCGCCGGAGCCAAGGGAGUGGUGGCAAAGCUCAACGUGGUCCUCCAGCAACACCCCGGGCACCCGGCCGACCUGAUUGGCGACAGUUUCAAUCCUUGGAAGCUACAGAAGAAUAGACUCGCCAAGCUCCACGCAGCGAAAGCCGCGCGAGAGCUCAGAAAAAUUGCCGCCAACAGCAGAUGCUUCCUGAGCGCGCUCACGGAGCUCGGCCACAAAGGCGGCAUGGUACCGGCCCUGUUCGCGGCGUCCGCCGAAGAGAUGGAAGGGGUGCUCGCGGCGUCUCCUGGGUGGAGAAGCUUCAGAGUGAAGAAUGCGUUGCGCAUUCGACAGCCCUCGUCGCGGUGCCCGGAUCACGGGCGGCACAAGAAAACUCCCGCGGUCGUGCUCGCAGGCAGCGGGCCGCGCCGCGUGGUGUCCCAGCGAUUGGGCACCACGGUGUGGGCAACCGGGAAACGCGGACGACCGGUUCGCAAGGUUGCCGCGCUUCACGCCCAGAACGCCGCCGCCAUCCAGCUGUGGACCGUCCUGAUCCGGCAAGCUGGAGCCACGCGCGUGAAGGCUUUCCAGGAGCACAAAGCCGCGACUCUUGCUAAGUUCAACCACGACGUGGUGCGGCGGGUGUACUCAUUCUGUGAGCAGGCCACCCUCACGGAUUACGGCGCGCAGUUCGCCUUUUGCGAAGAGUCGCAAUUGCCGGCUCGGCUCGGGGGCGCUGCAGCAGACGAGGACGCAGAGGCCGGGAGUGACUGGGAGAACGUGGCAGCCGGCGACGAGCACGAGGUCGACGAGGCCACUGCUGCUGGCGGCGCCUGGCGGCCGACCACUUAA